CCAUAUGUUGACAGUUUAUCACAACGUUGAUGACGCUUCUAAAUGCGUCCGCAAGAAGACCACUUCGUGUAGCACAACAAGGCACACCAGCAUAUUUAUUUGUCGUCUUGGACCGCUUCUUCUCGUUUUUAGUGAAGAAACCAGCAAAAUUGAACAAAAAUGGUGUUUGCAAAGUCGUGGGAGGAUUUCGAGAUUGCUGCCGAAAAUAUGUACAUCGCAAAUCCGUGCCAAUGUCGCUUCACAAUGAAAUACACCCACAGAAAGAAUGCCGUCGUGCUGAAGCUUACAGAUAACGUGAAAUGUGUGCAAUACAAAUCCGAAGUGCUGUCGGAUUUAAAGAGAAUAGAGAAAUUCACUGGCAAUUUGAUGUGGCUGAUGGCCUCGAAGGAGUAGAGGGAUUGCGUACCAGAUUGCUGGAUGUGAUGUUUAUAAUCGUGUAUAAUUAAACUAAAGGAUAUCGCAAAGAAUUCAAAAUGAAAUUCAAUAUAUUUAACUUACCAAAA